CUGCAUAAUGUUGACCACUCCCACCUCCUCCAUCAGUCCCCAGCAGCAUUUGUGCUGCAUGGGUUUAUUUUCAUUCCUGUUAAUUCAGUUUUGUCAUUCGCCCCAACCACAUGUGACGCCGACUGAAGGCAUUUCUAAGGAAUUCCUUUGUCGCACUUAUUAACGGCUAGCUUAAUGGCCCAUCGUAGAGUGAAAUACCGAGGGCUCUUGGAAAUCAGAAAUAAAAGCAGAAAUUGCUGCAAAUACCCAGCAGGUAUGGUGUAGAGUACUACAAUGGGGUAUGAUAUUGAGCGAUUUGUAGGCUACGUAAAUGAAGGAUUGCUGUGUUGCAUCUGUCGAGAUGUGUUGGAAAAUCCUUUGCAGGCUCCUUGUGAACAUGCCUUCUGUACAUCUUGCAUUCAUGGCUGGCUUGUGCAAAAUCAUAAUUGCCCUGAAGAUCGGCAGGGUCUGGAUGCAUCCAUGCUUCGACCACUGUUUAGGUAUAUGCGAAAUGAUUUGAAUCGCCUUCAGAUUUGGUGCAAAAAUAGGCAGCAAGGUUGUGAAACAAUCUGUUCUUUAGAAACUAUUGACAGGCACGAAAGAGAGUGUGAAUACAGCCAAAUUCCUUGCUUAAAUGCUGGUUGUACUGUUCAGGUAGAGCGACGCAAUUUGGAUUCUCACCUGGCAGUAUGUGAAUAUCGAAGUCGUGAAUGCCCAAAUGGAUGUGGUUAUGCUAUUCUUAGUGCAGAUGAUGCACAACACAACUGUAUAGCAGAGUUGAGGACUGAAUUAGAAUUACUCAGGUCUGAAAUGAUUUGUAAAGUUGAAGAAGUAAGACAUGAAAUGGAGUCUCGUUUAGAUUCCCAAAGAAGGCAUAUGGUCCAGAAGGAGAGUCUGCUGCAAAAUGAAAUUGAGGAACUUAAAAGUCAGAUGUCACGUGUGAUGUCAGAUAUGCGGACACUCAUUGCAGAAGAAAGACAACAUCGUCAGGAACUAGAACAAGCAGAACUUGAAAAAAGAGAGCUGAUGGAAUUAUUGAAAAGCCUGCAUAAAGAAAACAAGCUUACCACUGGAGAGGGAAGUAGCAAAAGAAACAAUGGUGGCAGACCUCUAAACCGACUAGAAAGCAUGAAAAGAAAACCUAAAGAAGUCACUAUUAUCUAAGAAAGGCUUACAAGAUUUCCAAGUCAUUUGCUGAACUUCUCAGAAGAUCUGAUAUCAAGUAUUGCUCUCGGAUUUCUACAAAACACAUGAAAUUCAGGAUGAUUUUGAGAAACGUUUUCCUAUUAUGCACAGGACAGAUGGCUUGACUGUGCAACUGCUUUUCCUGCCUGUCCAAAAUGUUUCCAACUGAACAGAAACAAAACAAACAACAGUCACUGAUUUAUGUUACUGUCAGUGAUUAGAUCAGUUAUUGUUUGCACUUUAGCCAUAUAACCUAUAAGAGGUUACCAAUUCUUCUGAGGCAAAAUGUAAUAAAUCAGAAUUUAAAGAAACCAGCUACCAUACAAACUAAAGGAUAUAAUAUGUUUGAGUUUGAAAUAGAGUUACAAAAUCAGUACUUUCUGCAACAGUAGUAAGUCAUACACUUAAAAGGAUUGUUAAGUACAAAAAAAUUUCCUUGCAAAAUGCCAAUCCAAGUAGAAUCUUGAGACAAAAUAAAUACCAACAUGCUGAAGUCCUCAGUUUCAAAGAAUUACAAUAAAGCAGCAAUUUAAGCUUUGUUUAAGUGCUUAUUUCCAGUGUUGUGAAUGCAAGUCAGAUAGAUGAAAUAAUCUACCUAUCACAGCUGGUGACUAAAAGACUGAGUAUUUCUUUUGCCAUGUACUGUUCUGAGCUUACUGCAGAUUAUCUUUCCAGUGUCACAUUAAUGUCUGAGGUGGGGAUCACGUUUCAGUCCAUUACUUGAUGUCAAGCAGGAUGAUAAAUUUAUGUGAAAAACAAAGUCUUGGCUUCCUUUGCAUAAACCCCUCUACCUCCAAAUCUUCCAAAUAUACACAGAUAGGCAAUCCACUUUUAUUACCACAUGGGAGCAUUCCAGUAAUUCAUGACCAGGAAACUUCAUGGAAAUACUGUCCAGAGUCUUACACACACACAAUAUGCUAAGUCAGUUAGCUUGGCAUUUCCACACCCAGGAACUGCAAUAUGAGUACACAACUAUUUCUGACUGAAAUUUCACUUGUUCCUCACUGUUAGAAUUCAAACGUCAAUGAAAAUUUAUGUUAAUGAAUUUGAAAAUACACUGCAUGAAAUGUUCAAGCAUAAAGCAUUGAACCAUAAUCUGGUUUCAUACAACAAAACAAUCCUAAGCAAACCUACUUUCACCUCAAAUUCUCAACACGCUUUGAUUUUAAAAGUACUGUAAGAGACCCCCCCCCCCCCCCUCCGCCCCAGAUCAAAAUGCUAACUUUAUGGCCCCAGACUGACAGCCAACUCCAAAUUACGACUUUUUAUUUUCAAAAGUAAAAAAAAAAGUGAGUUGCAGGAAACUUAAAUAAAGCCACAAGAUUCCAUAGUUUUAAACAAACAAGACCACUACAUAAGUUAUCAUACAAACUUUGAUACAUAUGCAAUUUAUUUCUGUCAUUGAAUAUCCCACAGCGCAAUCAAGUAUGACCGAGACAGAUCCCAUGGAUUUUUCAGUAACUUUCUGCAAACAUUAAUGACAGGUUUGAGUAUCAAAUCUGAUUAAAUUUCACAUGAUAAGUCAGUUCACUUCGUUUUUACUGAUUUAACCUUAAACUCUGUCAAAUGUGCUGUCAUACACUGGCUCAACAAAUGAUCCAGGUCUAGUCAAUUACCUUUGUUUCCUGGGUCUAUUCCCCUCUCGACACCAAAAACUGUCCUCCAAACACUUAUUCUCCCACAACUCCAACUUUUCACCAAUAUCCAUUUUAGAGUCUCAUCGCAGUUGCCUUUCAACAAUACAGCUCAACAAAUAACUUCUGCAUGACAUUGAGUUGUAGGAACAGAAGUAGGCCAUUUAGCCCAUCAAUUUAGCUCUACCAUUCAAAUGAGAUUGUGACUUUCCUGCCUUGACAACCAUUUACAGAAAGGAAUUCCACAGAUUCAGUAUCCUAUGAAGAAACAAAUUCCUCUUCAUUUCUGUAGUAGAUGGGCAAGUCCUUAUUCUGAGAUUCAGCUCGCUGAUCCUAAACAUUAUCAGAAAGGGAACCAACCAUUCCACAUCUGUUCUGUCACGUCUUUGAAGAAUCUUGUAUGCUUAAGUAAGAUCACCUCACAUUCUUCUAAAUUCCAAUGAGUACCAAUCCAAUCUACUCGACCUGUCAGAAGACUUCAUACUCAGGAUUAGCAAUAGUGUACAUUCUUUGAAUUGCUUCCAAAACCUCUACUUUGAUUAGGGACCCAAAUCCUUUCCAACUGUUGAUUAACUAGAGCCUUGUAUAGUUUUAGCGGGACUUCUCUGCGUUUAUACGCCAUUCCUUUUGAAAAAAAGGCAAGGAUUAUAUUUGCCUUCCUUCCUAUUGAAUGAAACUGAGGAAGUGGUGGAUGUUGGUGCAGUUACAAUGUUUCAAAGACAUUUGGAUGAGUACAUGAAUAGGAAUGGUUUGGGGGGGAUAUGGACCAGGAGCAGGCAGGGGGGCUAGUUCAGUUUGGGCUUAUGUUUGGUAUGAACUAGUUGGACCAAAGGGUCAGUUUCUGUGCCGUAUGACUCCUUAAUCGCUAGGUGAUGUAGCUUUCUUCAUUUAAAUAAAAUGCAGCUCCUGUAGUCUUCCACCAAUGCAUGACCUCUCAUUUUCCCCAUUCCAUCUUCCAUCAUUUUGCCUACUCGCAUAACCUGUCUCUAUCCUUCUGCAGACAUAUUUGAGUCAUCCUUACCAUUUGCCUUCUGACUUAUUUUUGUGCCAUCCACUCAUCCAAAUGAUUGACAUAUUAUAAAUCAUUGUGGUCCGAGCACUGACCUCUCUGCCAUACCACUUGGUAUAGUUGUCAUCUUGAAACUGCUCCACUUUAGCCAAUCCUCUACUUAUACUAAUAUAUUUCCUCCAACACCAUGGGUGUUUAAAGAACCAAACCUUUGGUUCAUUAUCAAAAGCCUUUAAUAAAUCCAAAUGUAUACACUGCUUUCACUUUAUCUAUUCUUCCACCUCAAGAAAUUAUAAUAAAUCUGUCAAGAGCUAUGCCUCCUUGAUCAUAUUAUGUAUUUCAGUCUUUUAUAGUAAGACUCUUAACAUUUUCCCAAUAACAGAUGUUAAUUGCCUAUAGUUACCUUUUUUUGUUUUCUUUGUUAAGUUUUUUUUUAAUCUAAGAAUUUCUGGAUGAUCGCUCCCAGUGCAUCCACUUUUUCUGUUGCUCUUAAAAUCCAGGAUAUAUUCCACCAGUUCCAGGGGGUUUAUCAGUCCUUAGCCCCAUUAGGUUUUCUAGUACUUUUUCUCUAGUGCUGGUUAUUGAAUUUAUUUCCUGUCCUUUUUGUCCCUUGAUUAUUUAGUAACUUUGGAAUGUCAAAUAUCGUGAAGAGUGAUGCAAAAUAUUUAUUCAUAUCCUCUGCCAUUUUCUGAUUCCCCAUUAUUCCCCAGACUUACUCUUGCAGGAGCAUAAAAAGCUAGCAAUCAAGUUUGUUGGGUAAUAGGGAAGGCAAAUGGAAUCUUUGGCCCGUUUCUAUAUUUAAAGGAAAUCUUAUCAUCCAUCUGAAUAUUAAUUGCAAGUUUCUGGUCAAAGUUUAUCUUCUUAUUAUUUUGAUCAUUUUUCCUAGAUUUUAAAAUUUUUACAACCCUCUGGCUUACCACCAGUCCUUGCUGUAUUAUACAUUUUUCUUAUUUGAUGUUAUCUUAACUUUUAUCCAUGGUUGGCUUGUCUCUUUCUUAGAAUCCUUGUCUUUCUCUCUUUCUUUCCUGGGACUUCGUGAGCUCUAGCUACAGAACUAUUCAGCUGCAGUCACUAGAUCCACAACUACACAGUCUUUAUGCAGUUCACCUUGUGGUUCCCUGCCACAAGGCUAAAAAUCAGUGCUUGUAUCAUGGAGAGUUAAUCUCUUAAGUCUCACAAUUCACUGACCUUCAGACCUCGUCUUUUGAACUGCUCUUCUAUGAUCCCUAAAAUGUCCUGAAUGACCUACGAAAAAAUUUGCAAUUAGUCUCUCCACAUUGUCGAGAAGAAUCAAACACCUCCACCCAGCAACUCUGAAACUGUGUGCUUUGAAUGUCAUAUUUCACAGAGAACGUUGGCUGACCUAAUAUAAAAACUGGAGGAUUUUAACAUAGCUUUACAAAAGUUCCACCCAAUUUAGAUUCAAUAUGCUGUCAUUUUUGUUUUGUGUCAUAUGGCUGACAGAAAAUGAGAGUCCCUUUCCAAUCACAAAACGUGACCAAGUGGAAUUGGAAGCGUAAACUGAUGAAUGUUGCUUUAAUUAUAAGAUGUGGACUCGAGCCAUAUCAUUUGUGCUGAUGUCUGCUACAAUAAUGUAAACACUGCUGUGGUGAUAGCAAUCUUAAAAAAAAGUUACAACUUCUUUUGGGGCAGCAUCGUGGCUCAGUGGUUAGCACUGCUGCCUCACAGCAUGAGGGACCCAGGUUGGAUUCCACCCUUGGGCAAUUGUCUGUGUGGAGUUUGCACAUUCUCAUGUGUCUGUGUGGGUUUCCUCUGGUGCUCCAGUUUCCUCCCACAGUCCAAAGAUGUUAGGUGGGCUGGCCAUGAUAAAUUGCCCAUAGUGUCUACAGAUGUGCAGGCUAGGUGGAUUAACCCUAGGAAAUGCAGGAUUCUGGGACGGGAUGGGUCUAGGUGAGAUGCUCUUCGGAGGAUCAGAGUGGACUCUUUGAUUCUUGCCAAUUGUUAGUUAGAGCACUGCAUGCAAGUGACAUUUUAGUUCUGUCCCCUGUUAAUAUGCACUCUGCCUCCCAUUAUAUAUUCCUGCCCUAUCUUAAUCCUGUUUUUAUCACUCCUUAUGCAUCCUCCUACCCUUUGUCCCACUCUUAUUCUUCUCAUUUAUAUUUCUUCAUUUGCAAAUUUUUCUAUUAUCUCUUUUACCUUAGUUUAGUUUAAUCACUUCCAGUUACUCCCUUUCCGCUGUUUUUCUUGAUCGUCCCUCUCAACCAGUCUGAUUUUCCAUUUGUAGAUCUAUCUUGCAGAUCUCUGUGCAGGAAUCCAUUGAUAGGUCAGAAUAUUGAUUUGUUUGAUAUUCAGAAUUAAUUUUGAAUAAGGAGUGGCAUUCACCAAGUUUGCAUAAAACAAAUGAACAGAUGAAGCAAGUGAAGAAUGCAUAUAUAUUAUCUUAUAUAAAACACUUGUUUUUGGAGUAUAUAACCUUUCCUUUUUUUCCUUGGUGCAAUAUUAUUGAAAUUUUAUUCAAUCAAUAGACAGUACUGUCAGGUACUUACCAUUGACCAAAGUUCAAUGUACAAUCAAAAGCAUGAUAUGCUUGCGAUGCCAUAAAAUGCUUGGACUGUUACUAUUCAAAUUUCGAGACAUUAAACCACAGCAAUUUUAGCACUAAUUAUUUUAAUGAGUUUCUUUUCAAACAUAUCAAGAUUUGAAGCGUCAUAAUAUUUAAGAAAUGAUUUCAAGGCUGAAAGAAUAAAAUUCAAGGUCCUUUCAAAACCAAGGAUGAAAUUCAAUUGUUUUUCAAGGCUUAUGCAGAAUUACCGGGGUGCAUUUGUAUCACUGUGCUGACCACCUUGAUAUUGUUUGCCCCAAGAUGUUUCCUCCUAGAUCAGUUUGGGGAUUCUGUAGUCACUCAUGUGGGAAACAUGGCCCGAACCACCUAAGUUUUAUUUUCUUUAGGGUAGUUUCAUGUUGUUGAGCCCAGCACAAUGGGUGGUCUCAUUCUUUGUGAUUUUGUCCUGCCAUCGCAUUCUCAUGAUGAAGUACAGAUGUGUGUGGCGGAAGUGUUCCAAAGUUUUGAUAUGGUGUCUAUGCAGAUCCAAGGUUCUCCGUCUUACAGCUGGAAGAUCGGAAAGUGAUCUGGAACAGUUUGAUUUAGUCUUUGGUAUAAUGCCACGCUGUUUCAAGAAACGAUCAAUGAUUUCCUUUUGAAUAAAAUGACCAAUAGCAUGUUCAAACAAAUAACAAAGCAGCAAUUUGUUGAAGAGUAAAGAUUUUUACCUGACCAUACUAACUUGUUCCUCAAGUUCCAGAUCUAAAAACUGUAAAAUGUAGAGGAGGUGACGUUGCUCCACUCUUUUCAGGCAAUCAAGUUCAAACACUUGAAAAUCCAUCAAGUAAGUUAGGGCGGCACGUGGCUCAGUGGUUAGCACUGCAGCCUCACAGCGCCAGGGACCCGGGUUCAAUUCCAGCCUCGGGUGACUGUCUGUGUGGAGUUUGCACAUUCUCCCUGUGUCUGUGUGGGUUUCCUCCGGGUGCUCCAGUUUAGUCCCACAGUCCAAAGAUGUGCAGGCUAGGUGAAUUGGCCACGCUAAACUGCCCGUAGUGUUCAGGGGUGUGUGGAUUAUAGGGGG